GCCCGAGACCUGUCGCUCCAUCUGGAGGUUCGGCGCCCGCCGCUCUGCCUGAGGGCCCGAGACCUGUCGCUCCGCCUGGGGGUCCGGCGCCCGCCGCUCCGCCUGAGGGCCCGAGACCUGCCGCUCCGCCCGGGGGCCCGGUGCCUGCUGCCCCGCCCGGGGGGCCCGGUGCCUGCUGCUCCGCCCGGGGGCCCGGUGCCUGCUUCUCCGCCCGGGGGCCCGGUGCCUGCUUCUCCGCCCGGGGGCCCGGUGCCUGCUGCUUGCUCCGCCCGGGGGGUCCGGCGCCCGCCGCUCCGCCUGAGGGCCCGAGACCUGUCGCUCCGCCUGGGGGUCCGGCGCCACCGCACGCCGCUCCGCCUGAGGGCCCGAGACCUGUCGCUCCGCCUGGGGGUCCGGCGCCCGCCGCUCCGCCUGAGGGCCCGAGACCUGUCGCUCCGCCUGGGGGUCCGGCGCCCGCUCGCUCCGCCUGAGGGCCCGAGACCU